AAAUACUGAAACAUGAGUCUGUUGUGCACACAGGAGACAGGUGAGUGAUGCUGGAUAAGAGCCUCAAGCAGCCAGAUGAAAGAUUUGUUGAAAUGCUCCUAUUAUGAUACUUUGCAGCCUGUGGAGUAGGGGAGCUGGUUACUUGAUCCUCUGCUAUACCUGAACCUUGUUGUUGUAGCUUUUAAUAACUGAGUAUCCAGACCUCCUAUAAAGGUGCCUUUGAGGGAAGAAUGAUGGGACAAGAAUCAGCAUUCAGAGCUUGAAAUGGGCAACAAGCAAACCAUUUUCACUCCAGAACAACUGGAUGCAUAUCAGGACUGCACAUUCUUUACAAGGAAAGAAAUUCUGAGACUGUUUUAUAGAUACCGAGAUCUAGCCCCACAGCUAGUUCCACUUGACUACACAGAUAAACCAGACGUGACACUUCCCUACGAACUCAUUGGCAGCAUGCCAGAGCUGAAGGACAAUCCAUUCCGCCAGCGGAUAGCAGAGGUUUUCUCUGAGGAUGGAGGUGGCAAUAUGACUUUAGAUGAUUUUUUGGACAUGUUUUCAGUGCUGAGUGAGAUGGCUCCCAGAGACUUGAAAGCGUAUUAUGCUUUUAAAAUUUAUGAUUUUAACAAUGAUGAUUACAUAUGCAAAUCAGAUCUAGAGAAAACUGUUAACAAAUUAACCCGAAAUGAACUUACCCCAGAAGAAGUUAGCCUUGUAUGUGAAAAGGUGAUUUAUGAAGCUGAUGCGGACAACGAUGGCAAGCUGUCUUUGGAAGACUUUCAGCGUAUGAUAAUACGAGCUCCAGAUUUCCUCAGCACAUUUCACAUUCGAAUCUGAAACUAGUGAAACGUAGAUGGAAGUGCUUCUUGAACCUUCAACAACCAUUACUUCACCCGAGAUUACUGUCCAUGAGAGCAAAAUGAGAGGAGCAAAGAGGACAACUUCUGGUAACUGAACCAGUUGGAGAAGCCUUGUCUUAUCUCUUUUAAAGGAACAAUUUAUUAAGUUCUUCAUCAAGAUUUCCCUGUAAUUUAACAAAGUGUCUAUUCCCAUUUCCCGGCUAGAGCAAAUCUGGCCUCGACAGCGAGAUGAGAAAUAUUUUUUUAAAGUUCAGAUACCACCAGGUAGUAAAGGAACUUGUAUCAAAUUGCAGCUUAAAAAAAAAAAAAGCCUUAACCAGUACAAAACCCUUUACAAUUGUUUCAAAAACACUACUGGUAAUCAAAAUUGUGUAAGCAACUCUUCUGAUCAGCUACAGUCUUAACAAAUGGUCCAGUGAAUCCAUUUGCUAAAGCAUUCUUCCAGUGUAUCACAGAAGACUGCUACACGUUCUGAGAAUAUAGAGCUCUCCAUUUCAGAAUUUAUAC